AUGAUGAAUAGAAGUUGCGUAUUGCAAAAGAGACUUCUUUUCUUUGCUGUUUUUGUGUGUUACAACUCUGGUGGCAGCCACGGCCGAUCGGGUAUAUCACACUGUUCGGUCCAAGCCUUUCACAUCGGCCCGUAUCCAACUCAAAGGGUAUCAUCAUCGAUACGGUCGCAGGCGUUCGACGAGCGCAAAGAGAGAAGGCAUGCCUUGUAUGCGGAAAAUGAAAGCUCGGAUACGGAGAGUAGUCCCCCAUCGCAACUUGAAGACACGGAUACCGACAUGGAGGUUGACCCCCGAAAGCUUCAAAUGGAGCUCGACUCAAUGAUGGAACCAUCACCGACACUGUUUGGUUUGGAAAAGAAACCCAUGACCGAGGAGCAGCUGAAAAUUCCUCUUUUCACGGGCAGCAUUGUUUUACUUUCCAGCAUGGUAUUAACGUUUUACGGGUUCUAUGUAUUCUUCACCGGAAGCGACCCGGCUCACGAUGUGCCGCUCUUUUGA